UUCUUUUUUAGUGGUUGGCCACAUCUCUAUUUCUCACAUUCUUUUUUUUUUCCUUUUCUUUAUUAUCUCUUUCUUCCUCCCCGGAAUAUCUAUACAAAACUAUCCAUUCAAAAUUAGAAAAAGAAGAAGAAAAUAACACCAUUUGUUUUCUUUCAACUCUCACAUUUUGUUUAUUUAUUUUUGAUGGAUCAACUAGCUUGAUUUUACCCCUAAUUUGUUUUUAUUUUUUUCAUGAAUGCUUAUCACAUUUAUAUAUCAAAAUUAUUUGGAAGAAGGUAAUGGAAAAUGCAAGGCCAAGGGAAGGAGAAUUAGCUUUCUUUUUUCCUUUCACAUCUUUUUGCAUGGUAUCACCGUCGCUCUAAUAAGGUUUUUUGGCUUGGGUUUUAUAGUUUCUUCCAUGGGAAACAAGAUGAAGGGGAUCAUCAAAGGAUUCAAAUAUAUGUUUAAUAAUUUUGCCGUGAAGGAGAGGGAGUUGGAGAUUGGAUGUCCGACUGAUGUUAAACAUGUGGCACAUAUUGGUUGGGAUGGCCAAUCUGGCAAUGCACCAAGUUGGAUGAAUCAAUUCAAGAAAGGGCCUGAUUUUGCAGCAGCUUCUAUUGGUAAUUCUGGUUCUUCCUUAUCUCCCUGGACUUCUCAAGGAGUUGGAGAGUCAAAUGGAACGCAAUCAACAUCUGAGAUAAACAAGGACGGACCGACAAAUAAGGAGGCUAAUGUUAAGAAACAGAGGAGGAGGAAGUCAACAAAAUCUAGUUCAUCAUCAAGAGCAGCCAAAUCAAAGGCUAAAUAUGUAGAAGGACAAUCCAAACAAAGAAAUAUAGAAGUGGCUUAAUGUUAAAACCAAAAAAAAAAUGGAUUUUCAUUCUUCUAUCGAAGAUUUUUGAACUCUGAAAAGGCAUUGUAAAUUGUCUUAGAAGGAAUACAUUGUAAAUGUGAGUGAGAAAUACAGAAGAAAAAGGGGCUACAGAUGUGAAACAAAAAUGUAGAAUCUAAAUUCUAAAUGGACAAACAUGCUUUUGGGAAAAUUUCAAUUCAUCACUUU